AUGCAAACAAGAAAUUGGGAGAGCAAGAAACUUUUACUAAAUAAUCUAUAGAGCAAAAAUAUACUAAGUAAAAGGAUUUUUAAGUGUAUUUGUAAGAUAAAAAAAAAAGUGUCCAGUAGGUUUCUGAUAAGAAUAGAAAUUUUUUCUCUAAUUUUUUAACCUUUUACGAAUAAAAUCAAGAUAAAGAAAUUCCUGCAAUCGAGUAUUAAGCAUUUAUAUUUAGAUUUGUCUAAGAAUAAUUACACGUAUAAGAACUUUUUACAAAUGAAUAAAUAUUAGAAUUGUAAUCAGAAUUAUCUAAGUAAUGGCUUCCAAAGAUUAAAAAAAAUUGGACAGAGGAAGAUAAAUAAAUUCUGAUAUGGAUUGUAUUAAAAAUCUGUUCAAGAGACAACAUAAACAUUAGAAAAAUUGUAUAAUGAUUGAUUUAUAAAAUAGCCAAUCAAAGUGUGGGAAGAAGUAGAGCAAUUAAUGAGUAGGAGGACUGUAGAAUUAUGUAAACAUAAAUGGAAUGAUCUAUUGAAAUUAUCUUUGUAAUAAACACCUUGGACACAAGAGUAAGAUGAAUAAUUAAUAUAAUUGAUAAAGUAUAAUAUAAAAUUAGCUUUAGUUAAAGCAAAGAAGAUGGUAUGUAGAAUAAAUGGUGUAAUAUUGCUAAUUUAUUAAAUAUACAAUUUAAAGAUUCUCCAAGAACAGGGAAGUAAUGUAGAGAGAGAUGGAAUAAUCAUUUAAAUCCUGAGAUAAAUAGACAUCCUUGGAAUAUGCAAGAAGAUAUUGAAUUGUUAGAAUUAGUCAAAAAGAAGUAAAAGAGAUGGGCAUUAAUCUCAAAGAUAUUAAAACCAAAAAGAAGUGAAAAUGCAGUAAAAAAUAGAUAUAAUUGUUUAUUGAAAAAAAAUAAUUGUUAAUCUGUGAAUGUCUUAAUAGAUAUAUUGAAAAAAAAAUAUAAAUCUGAAAAUCCUACUAUUACAUUUUAAACAGUUAAAAGAAAUAAAAUAACACAAAUAAAGUAACAAGUUUAAGAACCAUAAAAUUAACAAGUUAAUAAUAUGAGUGAAUUCAGUAUCUAACAAUUUGAAAUGGUUGAUACAAACCAAUUUAAAUAUCUAACUCCUGCUUUUUAUGAUUCCAAGACAUAAUCUAUAUAUAUAAGCAAUAAACCAUAAUUGAUAUCUUACUUAAGUAAUCAAAUGAUAAAAAUUGAAAGUUAAUAAAAUAUCUAAAAUUUUGAUUAACAUCAUUAAUAACAUGAUUUAUCAAAUUAAAUGAGUGGUUUAUUAAAUUUAGUAGAUUCAACUAACUUUGCAAAGUAUGUACCUAAUGUUUUUGCAUAACCAAUUCAAUAAGAAAAAAAGUAUAUUUAAUAUUUAUAUUAAUUAAAGAUCAUAAUUUAAUAUUCCAGGAGUACAAAAUGAAUAAAUUAAUUAAGAAAAGCUAAUUUAAAAUAAAAGAUGUAGUACUUUCUCAUUUUUUACUUCCAAAUUGGUUACAUCAUAAGAUUUAAAAAAUAAAUUUAUUAUAGAUUAAGAAGAAAAUAACUAAUAAAUAAGUAAAUGA